AAAACAACAAACCAUACAAAAUAAAUCAAAAUGAAAUUCGUCAUCGUUUUCGUUGCUCUCUUCGCCGUGGCUUUGGCUGCUCCACCAGCACAGCAAGUUGAAAUUGUGCGCCAGGACUCCGAUGUGCAACCAGACGGUUAUCGUUUCGGUUAUGAGACCAGCGAUGGUUCCAAGCACGAGGAACAAGGUCAACUGAACAACAUCGGCACAGAUGAGGAAUCCAUUUCCGUCAGAGGUUCAUACAGCUUUGUUGCCGACGAUGGUCAAGUCUACACUGUCAACUACAUUGCCGAUGAGAAUGGAUUCCAGCCACAAGGUGCUCAUUUGCCUGUUGCCUAAAUAGUCAACUCAAGGGAUACACAUAUCGAAGGAGUUUUCUUUGUUUAUACAUGAUUUGUGAGAGUAUUAAUGAGAGAGUUAAUUAAAUAAAAACGCUUUAUUAUAUUUUUUAUACAAAAAA